GAAUAUUGAAUGACCUACCAACAGGAACAGCGCCAGUAAGUACUGUUGGGUGAGCGACCUUGGGUAUGACAACCACGUGAGAAAGGACAUUUUAAAGCUUAAAGUGGAUAUAUAUAUGUGAAAAUAUUGAGUAACAGGCAUGAAACAGCGGUGACUCUAAACUAUGGCAGCCCAAAACCAAACAACCUAAUGAACAGAUUGAUAACCUUGACGAGUUGAUUUACAGGAAUUGGUUUAACUUAUAAAUUAAUCUUCCGCAGUCUGGAGAGUUUUCAUUAGAUUCCAAUCGAACGAAGACUCACGGCCUAACCUUUUUAAUACUAAAACACUUCAUUACGCGUAUCAUAUUCAUGAUUCUAAUGUUGUUUGUCUGGUUUCACCAACUUGUCCACGAUAUAACUUACGCUGAAUGGUUUUCUUACUGCGUGCAGAAUUGGUCUGAGAGCGUUCGGCGUCUCCGUAGGGUUAUAAGGAAAAAUAUAGGCGGAAAUUGUCACUAGUAUUUUUGUACUAUUUCUAAGUAUUUUUAUGUCAAGUUAAAAGUGGAGAUUUAUCUUCAGGAGUGUUAUGUACUCGUUGCCAAUAAGUUAUGGGGUCGUUGCCGAUAUUAUGGUGUGACCGAGUGUAAAUAUGCGCUAAUGAGAUACAACGGACGAUAACGUACAGAAUAGUACUGCUGAGUACUUAAUUUGUCCUGAUGCCAAGAGGCAAAUCAGAAGACCACCACGUUCACGACGAUGCGUGUAUUUUCCAACAAGGAAAAUUAACUGUCACACAUGAGUGUGAGUAGGAAAAUACUAAAGAGUACUAAAGGUGUGAAAAGAGUGUGUUAACUGUACAAUACAAGAGUAUAUAUAAAAAUGACUAAGAUACAUGAACCAAUAAGAUAGACAGUAGUUUUUCUUACCAUCAUUGGAUUCUGAUUGGUUGUAAUGUCAUGUGAUAAAAAGGUCGUACAUUGUUUAUUUAGUUGAUGGACAUACGAAGCAUGUUGUGAGUUAUAAUGGAGCAAUGAUCAAUAUACAUAUAGCAAUCAUAUCAGACUGUCAAAACAAAGCAGACAUGAUGUGACUACAUAUCAGGGAGUUGUUCCUCGGUCUGGGUCUCUGUAUCCUCAGCUGUCGUGGAAUCAGGGGUGAUCUAAUCGAGGCAUGCAAAAUAGUGCAUCUACCAGUGCAUUUGACCUAGGACAUUGCCAGAAAGACCUCAGAACUAGUGAUUGCUGAAUAAUAUAUUACUGAGAUUAUACCCCCGAAACUUCUCAGUUCUAAAACGGUUCUUAGCAAACCAAUGAAGGGUUUAAAUCCUUGAUGGACGCCACCAUUCAGUGGCUUAAUCGAUGAAUACUGAGAUUUUCAUGACAUAACUCGACUUUUCGACUCCCAUAGCUCAGAAGUAUACACGUCUCCCAUUCUCUUUUGCUUUUAACCUUUACUUUUCUAGAUACAUCCGUGAGCCUAGUUAAUAACUAAUACUAUUAGUGCUACUUCAUUAUCCGGAACUGAGUAUAACACUUAAACGAAGUAGUUUUGAGAGCCGCCGCCUUCACACCGCCUUCACCAAACUCCACAAUACCAUAUCUGGCAUAGCUGUUAUGUGAUGAGAAAUCCGUUAGCUAACUUGCUCUUUGGCACGAAAAUGGAAGAGGAUAUGGUUGAUUCCGAAAUUCCAGGUGUCAUAUAUUUGUCAACUAUCCCAACUGGAAUGACUGUCAGUAUGAUCUCCGGCAUUAUGCAACAGUUUGGUAAAAUUGGUCGAGUUUACUUGGUGCCGAAAAAGAAAAAGGGGAAACAUUGGGAAUAUGAAGAAGGUUGGGUUGAGUUUGUAAAUAAGAAAAUUGCCAAGCGUGUUGCCAAGCAGCUGAACUGUGUCGAAGUCCUGGGUUCAAAGCGUAAUCCGUGGUUUGGAGAGCUGUGGAACAUUAGAUUCCUCAAAGAUACAUCAUGGAACGAUCUUUUUGGUGCUGAACGUGAAGAAGAAGAACAAAGGCGUGCAGCACAUGACCGUGAUAUAGUGGUGGCGAAACAUCAGUCUCGUCAGUUUUCUGCAGCACUGGAUACUAAGAAACUGGAAAAACGCAUGAAGAUUGUCAAAGGAAAGAGGUUUAAUGAGAGAAAACCACUGGAUUUGAACAAACGCCAAAAGCUUACAGAAGAGGAGAUCAAGGAAAAACUUGCUCGAUCCAAUCGUACACCUCCUGAUGGAUGUCUUGGAUUCUCAGCAGUUUCAAAUACGGAAUUUAUGAAUAGUCUUUUUGCUGGCGGUCUUUAACGCCAUACUUAACGAGUGUACUGUACAUAAACUAUAUGCCUUAAAGUGUAAAUAUUUUUUUCAAGCUUUGCAUUAUUUGUAUAAUUACUAUGUGGAAUAGAAAUGCUUUUUUCAAAGUAAAUUCUAGAACAUUUUGA